UGGUCAGGAAGAAGGAAUAUGCUAUGUGUUUACAGACCAUCUGAUGACUGUAUAUCACUAUUUGUACAGGUGUGUUACCUGUAGCGCCCUCGAGAAAGGGGCAGUGUUUAACGUCCUCCCUCGAUAUACCACUUCUUCCGGCACAAUUAUAUGCUAAUGAGGUGUAGCCUAUCCAGCAGAAGGGAAUAUUGGUGAUUAAAAACAUCCCUGACCAUUUCCCAUGUUGUCGCGCUUGUUUAUUCUAAGUUUGGACAUUUGCCCAGCCUACAUUUAAAGCUGCUUGCUGUCACUCAAGUAGCCUAGUGCUCUUAGUUCAGUGGCAAUAGUCCACUGAGUCCACCUAAACAGGAGCACAGGGAGUCCAGAUCCUAAAGAAGCGACUCUUAUUUCAAUUUCAGUGGUUGCUUGCGCACGGCUUUCACCACUAGAGCGGGGGCAUUGACGCAUUUUGGAGUCGACGGGUAACACUGCCAACCCGGCUGCGCUACAGACGCAUCCAUGAGCGAAACCGCGAUGGCCGUGGUGCAGCUCGAGACGGAGGACCAUCAGCCGGAGAACGGCUUCGUGUCCCCCGAAACAGAGUCGCCGGGAUUGCUCACACGCAUCGACGAUUGUGUCUUGCCUUUUCUUGGGGGAUUUGGGAAGUAUCAGAGACAGCUAAUCGUGCUGACGUGGAUUCCGGCGUUAUUUAUUGGAUUCAGCCAGUACUCUGAUGAAUUCCUUCUUGCCCAACCGAACAAUACAUGCGUUCCUCCAACUGCAAAUACGACUAAUUUUACUAUAAUUCCUUCCUCUUUAUUUCAUGGUCCAAAUAAUAGUUUCCCACGAACAGCGGCGUACGUUUAUUACAAUGGCACCCACAAUAAUACAGCCAGGCAUCUGCAACAUUGUAUGUGCAAGGAGUGGACGUUUGAGCUGCAUACGGGACUAAUGCAGAAUGUGGUUACUAAGUGGAGUCUGGUGUGUGACUCGGCGUGGAAGGUCCACAUCGCUAAGUUCUCUCUGCUGGUGGGAUCCAUAUUCGGAUACCUGGUCUUUGGGGUCCUGGCAGACUGGUUUGGUCGCCACCCAGUCCUAAUAAUCUCGGUACUGUUCAUGCUGGUGUUUGGUCUGACCGUGGCCUUCUCGGUCAACGUUCCCAUGUUCAGCACCCUGCGCUUCUUCGAGGGCUUCUGCUUGGCAGGCAUCGCCCUCUCCCUCUACAUCCUCAGGAUUGAGCUGUGCCUACCAGCCUGGCGUUUCUCCAUGACCAUGGUUGCCAGCUUCGUGGUGCUGGUUGGGCAGCUCCUGAUGCCAGGGAUGGCAUACGUCUGUCGAGACUGGCAGGUUCUGCAGGCUGUCAUCAUCUGCCCGCUUCUCCUCAUGCUGGCUUAUAUCUGGAUCUUUCCUGAGUCUCUGCGGUGGUUGCUGGCCACUCAACAGUAUGGCCGCUCCAAGUGGAUCAUGGGACACAUCAUCAAGAAGAACCAGGUCAACCCCGAGCUGGACACUGACCACAUCCUUACAGAGCUGCAGAACGCUCUUCACAAGAAACCCAAAAAGACCUGUAUCGUAAAGAUGGUGGGGACAAGGAACCUGUGGAAAAACAUUGUGGUCCUCUGUGUGAACUCACUGACUGGCUAUGGCAUCCACCACUGCUUUGCCCGCAGUAUGAUGGACCACCACGAGACCCACGAGUCCACCAUGUUCCACAACUUCUACGCUGACUACUACACCAUGGCAGGCAUCGCCGUGGCUUCAUGCAUGGCACUGUGCCCGGCGGUGGGCCUGAUGGGGAGGAGGGGAGGCCUGCUCAUGUUCAUGAUCAUCACUGCGCUGGCAUCAUUGCUGCAGCUUGGCCUGCUCAACUUGCUGGGGAAAUACAGUGUCCAUCUGAAUAUAGAGAGCUCGGAUACACUUAAUAAGAACUUCUCCAUCGCCUUUUCCAUCAUCGGCAUGUUCUCCUCCCACGCUGUCAGCAACCUGAGCAUAUUCUUCUGCGCUGAGAUCACCCCCACCGUCAUCAGGGGUGGUGGUCUGGGCCUGGUACUAGCCAGUGCUGGCUUCGGCAUGCUGACCGCCCCCAUCAUGGAGCUGCACAAUCAGAAGGGCUACUUCCUCCACCACAUCAUCUUCGCCUGCUGCACCCUCAUCUGCAUCAUCUGCAUUCUCCUCCUCCCCGAGACGCGCUACCAGCCCCUGCCCGAGACCCUGGCAGACGGGGAGUGUUACACCCGCCAACCCCUGAUGCCUCCCAGGAAGCCUGGCGAACAGCGCCUCCUCCUGGCCCAGUCGGAGAGCAGCAGGGACUACACCCGGGUCCACGACACACCACUGCACGAGGCGGCCGCCACCACCGUCUUCACCAUGGACUCCACGGCAUCCUCCGCUGUUGACCUUACGGCACCGUCGUUUAUAGUUAUUUUGCCGCCCCCCGCUACAGAGUUGACGUCAUUCCAGCCUGAUCCUGAUACUGUGCGCCUGGUUAAGAAAGACCUCAAUGGGAAAUCUGUUACGCCCCCAUCUGGUACUCCCAUGCCGGCCCUAGAUAAGGCAGGCGUUGUACUGCCUAGUAAAGAGCACCUGUUAUCUUCCACACCUAGAAAUCGUGCCCUCACUCCCUCCAAUUCCCUUCUGAAGUCCACAGAAGAUUCUACUGAUAUACCCCUAAUUGAGAUUCCACUGACAUACCCCUCAGCCCCCUCCCCUACUAAGGACGUUACCACUGCCACUGAUACAGAAGACCUCCCUACCUCCAUCUUGGUCAACACCAUUCCCCCUGUUAUUGAAACCCAUCCUAUCUCUUCAUUGGACUCAACCACUCCACCAGUACUUGAUUCAUCCUCUACCUCCACAUUGGACUCUACCCCUCCCCCUGUCAUAAAAUACACCCCUACAUUGGACUCUACCAUUCCCCCUGUCAUAGAAACUCCUUGUACCUUGGGCUCUACCACUCACCCUGUAAUUGUCCCUAUCCCCCAUUCUCCAACACCCUCCCCUACUGUCAUCAAUGACAUUGUUCCCCUUCCCCUCAUGGUCGACUGUACCACUCCUAUUGAUUCUACUGACCCCAUCACCACAGAUUCGAUCAUUCCCAUUCUAAUAGACUCUGUAGAUGACAAACUCCCCCCUCCUCCUACCCAUAAUUCAGACUGUACCAUUCCCCCUGUCACAGACUCUGUCCAUACUCCAGAGUUGGACUCUUCAUGUGUUAAGGAUGUUGUUGUCUCUCCCUCUUCCCCUGUCGUAGCUCAUUCCCCUGUUCAUUACCCCACCCCCCUAUCACCACCACUGCCACCCAUUGACUCAGUUCAUAUCCCAACAACAGUGGACUCUUCCACUCCCCCUGUCAUAGACACUGUUCACCCCCUCACUGUGGACUCUACCACUCUCCCCAUCACAGACAUUGUUCAACCCCUUACAUUGGACUCUACAACUCUGCUUUUCAUAGACUCACUUCUCCCCAACAUAACAGACUCUGAGACCACAGAGGCGGCCCCUGCUUCCACAAUAAUGGACUGCACCAUCUCCUCCCCAAUAGACUCAGGUAUCCUCCCCGUAAUGGAUUGUGCCAUCUCAGAAAACAGCGCUGUCAACGGGGUGGUGUCUUCAUGAUCCAAGGCUCCACCUGUGGAACAAGGAGGUGGGCCCCUCCCUCAUGGAGGAAGAAGCCCCAGACACCCAUGUCACAUGACGGGGGUCACUAACUGGUCUGUCAGGCCUCAGACAUUUCAGCUGCUCUGUCGGGAGACUGCAAGUGACAAACAGGAGGGUAACAGCUUGAGCGUGGGCCAAGUUUUUUUGUGUCAUACAUCUUACUGGGAACAGCCAGAGAACAGGACAGGGUUGUGGUGACAGUGAUGAGUGGUUAGGGACAGUUUGAAAUUUACUGGGAGGGUAAUGCGUUUUUUUCCCCUGGGUUUACAUUCACCCUAUUUGCAGGUUUUACUAUAUGAUUUAUUCCAUCAUCUGCUUGCAUGCACCUCCCCUAUAUCAAGGUGUUUUGGAGGUUCCAUUAUGCACUGCACUUCUCCACAUACUAACUAUACCACAGGCCAAUAUAGUCUACCAGUCUAACUGUCUAUCCUGCCCUCUAUCCACCUUUCAUAGUGACAAUAGUGGUAGGUGGAUAGUUUGUCCAGAUCUGCAAUAACUAGCGAUCAUACCACACGUAAUAUCAUUCAAAGCUGCACCAAUAUAAGUGGAGAGACCAGGUGCGUCAUUGCGCAUGAAAGAACAGUGAAGACAUGAGACAUGCAGCUCAAAAAACUGUACAAUUAUUCUACCUAGACUAGCCUAGAACACAUUAUUGCUUUCAAGUCAGUACAUUUUACUCUAGGCUGUGAACUGCAGUGAAAAUGUCAUUUGAAUAAUAUUUCAUUCCAUUCAUUCCAUUUGGCUCAAUUGUUGGUCUGCUCUAGAACAAGGGUCUCCAACAGGUCCAGUAGAUCGCAGCCCACCUAUGAGUAGCUCGCAGCCCACCUAUGAGUAGCUCGCAACCCACCUAUGAGUAGCUCGCAGCCCACCUAUGAGUAGCUCGCAGCCCACCUAUGAGUAGCUCGCAACCCACCUAUGAGUAGCUCGCAACCCACCUAUGAGUAGCUCGCAGCCCACCUAUGAGUAGCUCGCAGCCCACCUAUGAGUAGCUCGCAGCCCACCUAUGAGUAGCUCGCAGCCCACCUAUGAGUAGCUCGCAACCCACCUAUGAGUAGCUCGCAGCCCACCUAUGAGUAGCUCGCAGCCCACCUAUGAGUAGCUCGCAGCCCACCUAUGAGUAGCUCACAACCCACCUAUGAGUAGCUCGCAGCCCACCUAUGAGUAGCUCGCAACCCACUUAUGAGUAGCUCGCAGCCCACCUAUGAGUAGCUCGCAGCCCACCUAUGAGUAGCUCGCAGCCCACCUAUGAGUAGCUCGCAGCCCACCUAUGAGUAGCU